UAUGAAAAAAAUCAUCAUUCUAAUAAUAAUGCUAGCAAUGGCUUUAGCAGAUGUUACAUGUCUCUAAGAGAAGUGCAAAACAGAAUUUUACAAUUGCAAUAGAGAUAAAACUUGGUAUUCAUAUUUUUUAUUAAGUCAUGAUUAUAUUGCAGAUUGCUCUUGGUAAUUUGUUGGAAACUUGGGUUUUGAAAAAAAUUAACAUUAAAGAGCCAAAGAUAGUGUAAAAUAUAGUUUAUAACUUUAAGUAUGAAAUUUGCUUGAAAGGCUCAAGAAUAUCUAAAGCUUAAAUAUUAUAAGAAUGUAGAGUUAAAAAUUGUUAAGGAACAGUCAUUAAAUUCUGA